AUGCGGAUUUUCCGCACUUUUGGGGUUCACCGUGUCAGCGCUGCAGUUGAUGACCAGGCAUUGAAACCCUAUGAAAAUGAAUCCAUACUGGACGCAUUCACUCUGGCAGCGCUUAGUGGGCUGGACGACGUAGAACGUGUUCAAAUCGCUUUACAACCCCUUCGGUCUGUUCUUCAUGUCUCUGAUCAUAGCGAACUUGUCACCACCCUCCACACAUCCUUCCCCGAUUAUAUGUUCGACAAGAAGCGCUCCGGGCGGUUCCACUGUGAAAAGGUUUCGUAUGGGCGGUUUCUUGCAGAACGGUGCUUUAUAAUCUUGAAAAGACAACUUCGGUUCAAUAUAUGCGCUAUCAAAUCCUCGUAUACCCAUAAUGACGAAAUCUCGGGGAUUGAAGAGAUCAUUCACAAAAAUGUGUCUGAGGACCUUUUCUACGCAAGCAGAUUUUGGAUCGACCAUCUGACACAAACGGAGAUUACUGAUGACCUUAUUACUAUUGUUCAAAACUUUCUAUCUCAAAAGUUACUUUUCUGGAUGGAGGUGUUGAGUCUAAAGAAGUGCCUAAACACAGGAAUUGCAGGCAUGACCAGACUAAAUACAUGGCUUGCUCCACUCGAAUUGGUCAAAAAUCAACACCUUUUGAAACUCGCAUCUGAUGCAUCAAAGUUCAUAGCUAGUUACGCCUCAUCACCAGCCUCAGGAUAUGCUCCACAUGUCUAUAUAUCAGCGCUACCGCUUAGUCCCCCGUCGAGCUACAUUCGAUCGUAUUAUCUACCACGGUUCAAUGGACUUCCCAAAGUCUCCGGCCCACUGACCACUUGGAAAUCAACCUUUCCUUUCUCGUUUGCUGUGUUCUUGCGCGGUGGAGACCUCAUCGCUCUGGUCGGCGAAAAUGGCCUGGUUAAUGUUCAGAAUAUUUACAAUGGGAAACACUUCGUUGCACCAUUCAACCCACACAACGGACCUAUCAAACACCUUGGGGUUUCCAAAAACGGCACGCAAUUAAUCUUUGUCUCCCAUCGGGCAGUCGCCGUCUGGAGUAUGCAAGAUGGCUCCCUCAUCGUUCGUCCGUUUAUGCCAAGGGAUGGGGUUAGCGCAGCAAUCGAAUUGUCUCCAGAUGGUGUGUACAUCGCUUCCGGUUCUUUUGACGGCAGAAUCGACAUCUCCAACUUGGAGGAUCCGGACCCCAUCCUCCCAGUUAGAACGCUCAUGGGUCACACCAGUACAAUAGGGUCAAUUGACUUCUCGUCAGACGGGGCGCGGGUUGUUUCUGCUUCAUCAGACAAGACUAUCCGUAUGUGGGACGUAUAUACCGGGAAUACGAUUCUCUUUGGCACGAUCUGGGGAGAACAGCUCUCACCACCUCCUCCAAUUAAGGAGGGUUCAGUACCCAUGAUACUGGGACCACAAUCCGAUGAGCGUCCAGCGCCCGUGAAAUUCUCUCGUGAUGGAUCUCAUAUUAUCUCGGUCAAUAGAUCAUUUUCUGAUUCCAUACGCAUAUGGAACACAUCCGAUGGGUCAUUCACUGGGCGGAGGUUUCCGGGAGAAAAAGAAUACAAGUGGACGUUUGCUUUGUCCCCUGGCGGCGAGUAUAUUGCAGUUGUCCCCUUUCCUGAAUCAAAAUCACAGGGGCCGGACUAUAGUACCGUUGUCGAAGUAUGGAAUAUGCACACUGAUAUAUUGGUUGCCGGUCCACUCAAGGGUCAUACUGGACGGAUCAAACACCUUGGCUUCUCAGAUGAUGGCUCUAAACCUAGUGAAUCCCUAUGCUUUCAAAUCUCGCUCGACAACGCCCGCAUUUUUACUAUUAGUACUGAUGGGAGGAUGUGCACAUGGGAUGCCCACACGUCGGCGCUUGUUGAUGCAGAUGGUACACGCAUCGUCUCUUGGAACUCCCAAAUCGAAUUUGUCGAGCUAUGGGAUGCACAAUUACAUCGGAGUAUCACCUAUUGCAAGACAGGAGGGUAUCUUUAUAGCCCUCGCGUUAUGCUUGCGCAGAAGGGCAGAAGAUUUAUUACCGAAGUCCACUACCCAGAAAGACUAUUGAACAUUUGGGACACAGAAUACGGUGCACAUAUAGCUGGGCCUUUGCGACUAGGCGAAACGCUCGAUUUUUCGCCUGAUGGUUUAUAUGUCGUAUGUCAGGACCAUAAUAACUCUACUAUCGGGUGUCUCCAUGUUAUCAGCGUAGACAGUGGUGAUAAGGUAUUCAAAGUGGAUGCCCCAGAUAGUCGACAUAUCGUCUCUGCUAAGUUCUCCUGGGAUGGCCUAUCCUUGGUCUACAAUACACGUCACACAUGCUACCUAUGGAAUACCCGUGAUCAUACAAUUCACACUAUCAUAACAGAACCAGCGUGGACAUCCUCAUUAAACUCUCGCAUAUACUCUACCGAUGGUCGGUACUUGGCUUCGGCCUCAGAUGAUGAGACCAAGCAAUCAGACCUUAUGGUAUGGUCGUUCCCCAUAGACAAACCGUCGCAUAUCACCAUUCGAUCGGAUGGAUGGGCCGUAGACAGUCAAUCUCGAGUGGUGUUCUGGGUGCCUGCUGAAAUCAGGAAGAAGACCACCGAAUGCAGCGGGAUCGUGAUCGAAGAGGACAGUGGUGAUUGGCUCUGUGUUGAUUAUAACGAUAUGGUUGUGGGUGACGAGUGGAGCCAUUGCUAUAUUGGCAAUUAA